CUUAAGCCGCUUCAAUCAGAUUAUAUAUAUCAUAAAAAAAUUAUAUUUCAUCCAUGGCAGAGAUCAUAAACGGAAUGAAAGCUGUUAUUCAUCACAAUAGCAAGAAAAGGUUUAUAAAUAGUGAAAAUGAUGCCGACAAAGAUACCUUUAUCACGUCCAAGAAAACCUCCCUAUCAUCAAAGGACGGUGUUGAUGGGGGUAUUGGUCAAAUAGUAAAUUCGACUGAUCCAGCAUCCGCAUUAGCAAACGCAAGGCACGAGUUCGGUGAGCAUGGAGGGGUAAAUAUGUCAAUCGAAGCAUCUGCAACAUUUACAGUAAUGGAACCUGAGACUAUGAGAAGAAUGUUUACUGGUGAACUAGGAGCUGAACGGGACUUUUUUAUUUAUAGCCGACAUUUCAAUCCAACAGUAUUAAAUCUUAGCCGUUCAAUGGCAGCAAUGGAAGGUACAGAGGCCGCUUAUUGUACUUCAAGUGGCAUGUCAGCUAUUUCAUCUGUUUUGCUCCAACUAUGUUCUAGUGGUGGACAUGUAGUUGCUUCUCAUUGCUUAUAUGGUGGUACGCAUGCUCUGCUGACGCAUUUUCUGCCUAGGGUUUGCAAUAUAACAACUAGCUUUGUUGAUGUGAAAGAUGUGGAGAGUGUGAGAAAUGCUAUCGUGGAAGGGAGGACAAAAGUGUUGUUUUUCGAAUCAAUUUCUAACCCAACUUUGGAUGUUGCUAAUGUGCCUGAGCUUUGUAGGAUAGCUCAUAGUAAAGGUGUUAUGGUUGUUGUUGAUAAUACUUUCGCACCUAUGGUUUUGUCUCCGGCUCGACUUGGUGCUGAUGUUGUUGUUCAUAGUAUUUCCAAAUAUAUCAGCGGAGGAGCUGAUAUCAUUGCAGGUGCAAUAUGUGGACCAACAACUAUAAUAAAUUCUAUGAUGGACCUUCAUCAAGGAGCACUGAUGUUAUUAGGACCCACAAUGAAUCCUAAAGUGGCAUUCGAGUUGGCAGGAAGGAUCCCUCAUUUGAGCUUAAGAAUGAAAGAUCAUUGUUAUAGAUCUUUAACAUAUGCAACGAGAAUGAAGACAUUGGGGCUUAAAGUCAUAUACCCGGGGCUUGAAGAAAACCCUAGUCACAACCUUAUGAAAUCAAUGGCCAAUCCUGAAUAUGGAUUUGGUGGAAUCCUUUGUUUGGACAUGGAAACCGAGGAUCGAGCGAACCGUUUAAUGAACCGAUUGCAAAAUUGUACUCAGUUUGGUUUGAUGGCAGUGAGUUUGGGUUAUCAUGAAACACUUAUGUCGUGUUCCUCUAGUAGUACCAGUAGUGAGCUGAAUCACAAGGAAAAAGAAUUAGCUGGGAUAUCUCCAGGAUUGAUUAGAAUGUCAAUCGGAUAUACUGGAACAUUAGAACAAAGAUGGAGCCAAUUUGAGAAAGCUAUCACUAAGAUGUAG